AUGUUUCGAAGCAAGAAGAAGAAAGUUAGUGGUCGUAAACGUCGCGAGGUGGAGCUCGAAAGUGGUAGUAUUGAUGUUAGUGCGUCUGCAGAUGGUUUUUCUAUCCUUUCCACUGAAAUUCCGGCGACAAACGCGUCUCAGACGGCUGAGAAUGACCUUCAUGUACUACAGCAGCAACGUCGCAAUCGGUCUCGAAGUGUCAAGAGCGUCAUGACGUUUCAUUCUAAGAGCAUGAGGAUCCAAUCAAGUGGAAGUAAUAAUAAAGAUACGACUGGUACUAGUUUAAAGACUGAAGAGACGGGAUUGCUGUUGAGCUUUGAUGAUGACGUAGAAGGGAAGAAGACAAAGAAAACGAGAAAAAUACGACCGAAUCUUGUGGCUUCUAGUGUUGAAAAUGUAGAGAUCGAGACAAUGUCUCAUGGAUUAUACUCGAUUGAGAUGUUAGCAGCUCUAAGAAGUGAACAGAGUGUGUUGUUGGCUAGUAAAACAGACGUGAUCAAUGUGGAAGGAGAAAAUGACAAAACCAGAAAGAAAAUUGUGGAGGAACAAGAACACAAAGAAGAAGAACAAGAAGAAAGAGAAGAAGAAUUUAUUUCUCUUGGUCGAGAAGGAAAGAAACAAUCGGUUUGUAUGAAAAACCGCGUGACAUUUGGAGUCUACUCGGAAGGUCCGAGUAUUUUCAAGAAGACAGAAGUUGUGGAAGAGAUGUCGGAUCGAGAGGAUGAAGAGGAUGAACACAGUAGGAAAUGGGAAGAAGAGCUCAUGCGUCGUGGUGGACAUCGUGUACCGCAGCCCUUAGAGCCAAAUGUCAGUGGGGCACGUGAUGGUCUGCCCACUUAUCCGAUAAGAAGAAACAUGAAACCGGUGUCGCUAGAAAGUGUACUUGGAAAAUUGGAGAAAAGUGUCGAGUCGACGUCGUUUGAAAAUGAACGUGCUAGUCGUGAGCUAGCUCGGCUUGAAUCCGAGACUGCUUCUAUCGAUACAGCACUAAAGCAGCAGCAAGAAGACCUUCUUGUAAGCAGUGAGAGGUUUGAGUAUUUUGGAGAGAUGGAAGAUUUUGUGAAGAGCUUGAGCUUCUGUUUACGUGCAAAAGUACCAGUCAUUACAGCAAUCGAGGAGAAAAUAGUCCAAGAUCGCGCUCGACGGGUGAAAGAUAGACAACAUGAAGAGCAACAUGGUGUUGUCCAGGAGGUGAAAUACUAUCUAGUGUCUGGGAAACUACAGCUGGACAAUAUCUUUGGCCUGGAUGAGUUGGACCUGCACGUUAGCGAAGACGAUACAGCUUUGUUGUCUCGUCAAAACUUUGAUCAUGCUUUUCGUACGCAGAAAUAUCAACAGCACUUUACCGAUUCCUACAUGGCAGAUCCACACCAUGCACAAGAAGAUUUGUUUGCUGAUGCAAUAGAUGAAAUUAACUCGCUUGAGCGCGUAUAUGGACGAUUCCAAGAGUGGAAGGCAAAAUUUCCAGAAGUGUACAAGGACGUGUACUGUGAAUUAGCUCAAGAAAAACUUUUCGCCCCAUAUGUGCAAGCAGAAAUGCUUUAUUGGGAUCCACUGGGAGCGGCAGACGCACAAACAGAGCAGGGUGAAUCUUGGUCGCUUGACCAAUUGGCUUGGUUUCGAGUAUUACAUCAGCAUCUACCUCAAUUAACAAAUGAAGGCCAAAAUGGAGGCAACAUCGAUGGCCCAAUCCUCUAUCAAAUUCGUAAUGUGCUUAUCAAGAAGGUUCAUGCGGCUAUUUCAAGCUACUUUGAUCCGUACUCAGGCCUGCAAACGCGCAGCCUUUCACUUGUGUUGGAACAAGUUUGUCAACCGAGGUAUUUUGCUCAUGUUGAAGAAGCUGUUCAGGUCUUGGUAAGUGAAGCGCUCGAAGCCUUUUUGAGUGAAACCAAGCGCACGGUACUCGUUGCAAUCGACCAAAAUGAAGCCGCGUCAGGUGACGAUGUUCAUUUGUUUGCCCGGUACCUGCUGGAAAGAUUUACUACACUCCAAGACAAUUUGCUGACUCUUUUUGUCACUCUUUCCAAAGGAACCAUUGCUGCAAGUGGUUUUCGCUGUUUACUUCUAGUACUUCAACACCUCUUCGCGUACGUUCGAGUCUGUCACGAAAGUCACAAGACACAACUUCUUGCGAUGGCUACUCAGGUGGUCCGUCAGCUCUACAGCUCUUCGUAUUUGCUUCAGCAUCUAGCAGAACCCAGCCAAAAACGUGAGCUAAUGCACGUCCUGGAUCAGUUUAGGCCAUUUCUGCAAACCACUUCUAAUCAACAAAACUAA